UUCCGGCCAGGCGAAGCCCACGACGUUGACAUGCCGGAGAUCCGCCUCCGUCAUGUCGUGUCAUGCAGCAGCCAGGACUCGACCCACUGUGCAGAAAACCUUCUCAAGGCGGACACAUACCGGAAAUGGCGGGCAGCCAAAGCAGGCGAGAAGACCAUCUCUGUGGUCCUCCAGCUGGAGAAGGAGGAACAGAUACACAGCGUGGACAUCGGGAACGACGGCUCCGCCUUCGUGGAGGUGCUGGUGGGCAGCUCUGCCGGCGGGGGUGGAGAGCAAGACUACGAGGUCCUUCUGGUCACCUCAUCUUUCAUGUCCCCUUCUGAGAGCCGCAGUGGCUCAAACCCCAACCGUGUUCGCAUUUUUGGGCCUGACAAGUUGGUCCGGGCAGCCGCUGAGAAGCGCUGGGACCGUGUCAAAAUUGUUUGCAGCCAGCCCUACAGCAAGGACUCCCCCUAUGGCCUGAGUUUUGUUCGAUUUCACAGCCCCCCCGACAAAGAUGAGGCAGAGGCUUCAUCCCAGAAGGUAACCAAGCUUGGCCAGUUCCGAGUGAAGGAGGAGGACGAGGGUGGCAGCUCCCUGAGACCGGGGGCUCUCUUCUUCAGCCGGGUCAACAAGACAUCCCCAGGUAAAUGGGGAAGACCACUAGCCUGGGUCUGAGAGAGGAGGGAGCUGGGGGCCUGGACUCCUGGGUCUGAGGGUGCCCUGGCCUCCAGGGCUGUAGGUAGUACCUCCAAGCCUCAGGAGUCCUCCAAGGGGAAGAGGAAGUUGGAUUUGAACCAAGAAGAACAGAAGACCCCUAGCAAACCGUCAGCCCAGCUCUCUCCACCUGUGCUCAAGAGACCCAAAUUGCCAACUCCCGCCCAUACCCCAGCCAUGGCCCCAGUCCCUGCCCCAGCAUGUGGGACAGAGCCAGGGAAGCCCCAGAGAGAAGGCACCAAGCCCAAGGGACCCCGAACUAGCCCCCAGGAGCUGGGCAAGAUCCUGCAGGGCGUGGUGGUGGUGCUGAGCGGCUUCCAGAACCCCUUCCGCUCAGAGCUCCGGGACAAAGCCUUAGAGCUGGGGGCCAAGUAUCGGCCAGACUGGACCCCAGAUAGCACCCACCUCAUCUGUGCUUUUGCCAACACCCCCAAGUACAGCCAGGUCCUAGGCCUUGGCGGCCGGAUCGUGCGUAAGGAGUGGGUGCUGGACUGUCACCGCAUGCGUCGGCGGCUACCCUCCCGGAGGUACCUCAUGGCGGGACCAGGCUCGAGCAGUGAGGAUGAGGGGGACUCUCACAGUGGCAGCAGCGGGGAUGAAGCCCCCAGGCUUCCUCACAAGCCCCCACAGACCACAACCAAGCCCCCUCAGGCAGCAGGACCCAGCUCACCCAAGAGGUCCCCCGCCCCUGAAGAGACCAAACCAGCCACACCAGGGGCCCAGGAGGAUUCUGACGCUGAAGGGGAACCGUCAGAAGGACAGGACAAUGGGGCGGAAGAUUCUGGGGACACCGAGGAUGAGCUGAGAAGGGUGGCCAAGCAGAGGCAGCAGAGGCAGCCCCCAGGCCAGGAGAAUGAGGAGGACCCGUAUGCAGGCUCCACAGAUGAGAACACGGACACCGAGGAGCGCCCAGGGUCUCCCACCCUGCCGGUUCCCGAGCUCCCAGACUUCUUCCAGGGCAAACACUUCUUCCUGUACGGGGAGUUCCAUGGGGAUGAGCGGCGGAAGCUCAUUCGAUACGUCACAGCCUUCAAUGGGGAGCUCGAGGACUAUAUGAGUGACAGGGUCCAGUUUGUGAUUACUGCACAGGAGUGGGACCCCAGCUUUGAGGAGGCCCUGAUGGACAACCCCUCCCUGGCCUUCGUCCGCCCCCGAUGGAUCUACAGUUGCAACGAGAAGCAGAAGUUACUUCCCCACCAGCUGUAUGGCGUGGUGCCCCAGGCCUGAAGUAUGUGCUUACACCAGUGUGC